UAUAAAAUAUAUAUAUAUAUAUAUUUUUUAAAUAAUUAUUUUAAUGGAGCGUUAAUUAGGUCAUUGAUAAUUGAGCUCAUUAUAUGAAGUUGAUAUUACGCCAAUAAUUUAUAUAUUUAUUUUAUAUUUAUCUGUUACUGCUUACUGUGACAACAUGCCACUUAUAUGGAACUCGUUUCUUUAAUACCAGAAUUAACAGUAAGCCGAACAGGGAGACCGGUUUUCUUCAAUGGCUGAGAAAUGAAUCACCACCCAAGGUCUGAUUUACUAUAUACUACAGUAAUGCAUAUUCCAAGAAAUACCGCAACAGCGAUACCAUACGGUUGGAACUUUUCCACUAGCAUACAUUUCGCCGCCUAUCAAGUAUCUUCUGAGUCAGAACCAGGGAGUUGGGGGAUCCCACCGGCAUCCCCUCUCCCAUUCAGUCCACCGUACUUGAUAAAUACCGCCCCAUGACUGAUAGACUUUAUAAUGUUUCAGGAGGUGAGAUGUGAAGAGGCCCCACACACAGUUGACAAAAUGUGCGCCAACGACAACCAACCCGAAACCUACCAGCCUCUACUGAACAGACUGUUCGAUUCAGAAGCAGGCAGCGAUGUCAUCUUCUUGGUUGGACCUGAACCUGAAACGUGGAGAUUCCCGUGUCACAAACGUGUUUUGUGUGAAGCCAACCCAGUAUUCAAAGCAAUGCUGGAGAACUUCCAUGAAAAUGGAAAUGCUGAACAAACAAUUUCCAUACAAGACAUAGAUGGACGGGCAUUUGAUCUACUUCUAAGGUUCCUGUACAAAGAAGAUGUCAUCAUUCAGACAGUGGCAACUGCAUUAUCUACUCUGUAUGCAGCUCAAAAGUACCUAUGCAUAGAAUUAAUGCGAGAAUGUAUCUUAUUCCUUGAUGAUGCGCUGACAACUGGAAAUGCACUUCAGAUAUAUGAACAUCUACGAGUUCAUUCUGGACAGCGAGUGAAAGGGCCUUCAGCCCCAAGAUAUGAGAUCGUUCAUGCUGAAACUAAGCCAGGAGAAGAUUUUAGUUUCAUCUUGCGAUUGCUUGAUUCCUUACUGUUCAACACUCUUCUUUUCAUUGACUUACAUGCAGAAGAAAUUCUGUGUCAAGAAAAUAUAGAAGAUUUGACGCUUGAUUCAUUAAAAGAAAUUCUUGAAAGAGACACUCUCAAUGUGAGGGAAGCACUUGUCUACAACACAAUAGAACGCUGGUGCAACAGGGAAUGUAAGAGGGGACAUUUUGAGUUAUCACAGGAAAACCGUAGAACAGUUCUUGGUGAAGAUAUAUUGUUCUCUGUCCGGUAUCUUUUAAUGUCUCCAGAUGAAUUUAUUUCAGGACCAAUGUCUGGUAACCUCCUUUCUAAAUCAGAAACAAUGACUUUAUUUGCUUACCUACAAAACGUCCCAGUCACCAAUACUUGUUCCACAUUGACUGAUGAAGUUAUUCAUAAAAUGAAGAUUAAAAGACGCCCACCAAAAGAUUUACGAAUACAGUUAGGUAAGAAACACAGAACUGGUUGUAAGAAAGGAGACAAAAAGACUAAGAAGAAGAAAGAAAAAAACAGUUCUUCUCCAUCAUGUACCGGUUCUUGUGUCGCAGAUUAUGUACUUCGUGCUCUUUCUUGCCUUUUUGAUUAGUAUAGGCUGAGAAAUUUCCACAUUAAAUUAAAUCGAAUAUUGCUGGUCAACGAUAUUAUGGAGUAUAAUUGUAUUGCAGAUGAUUCCUGCUUUACAAGUUAUAUCUGCUUAGGAUUCCAUCGUAGAUUUAAGCUGAAGAAAGCUGACUGAAACUAACUUAAAAUUAAGAUUCUUUUUUAAAUUUAUAGAUUCCUAUGUUGAUACCUAUUAGUAUAAAUAUUACCAAGUGUUCAUAAAAAAAUAAAUAUAUAUAUAGCCUAAAUGAAAAUUACUUGUAGAAUAAAAUAACGUGGUUCUACAUUUCCUUUUUACUCGUAUCAGACGGUACUGAAAUUUAAAAUUUCAGAAUAAUUAUUACUAAAUAGAUUAUAAAUUAAAAUAUCAAAUAGUUUGAUAUAUAGUAGUCUAAUUUAAUUAGAUCAUGAUGACUAUCAUUUAUUAUAUAUUCAUCUUGUUUAUAAGAUAGCUACACCAAAUAAGUCAAAGUUGAGGAACAACGCUUUAACAGGCUGUGUAUGUUUAGGAUGAAAUGAUUCAAAAAUAUGUUUCCUUACCAAAGAAAAUUAUAAAAUUUAAAUAAAAUUGAAUUAUGAAAAGGGCAUAUUAAAAAAAAAAAAUCAUAUAUAUUUCGAUGUUACCUUGCAAUUUCUAUAUAAAAUUUUAGUGUGACAAAUAAAUUUUGUCACUUUGUAUGUAGAAACAUUAGGAACAUACAUUUUUGUGUGAAACGUUUAAAUUAAUUCCUCACACAUUUUAAAAAAUAUUAUCUUUAAAAAUAAAAAUUACAUUUUCACAUAUAAUUAAUUUAUUCCCUCCUAAAAAUAAUGAUUUAAGUGCUUGAAAUUCAUUAGUGUUGUCUUGUCUAUAUUUAAUUUAUAAAGUUUAGUAAUCAAUUAAGUACAAAAACAAAUUUUUUUUUUCAUUUUACCUUAAAUUAUUUUUUAAAAUUAUUAUUAUUUAUUAGAGGCUAGUUACUUAAAGGGAUCAUUGUGAAAAUCCAAAAUAAAUAUGAAAUUCAAUUUGUAAACACUAAGGGAACUAAAUAGAACACCAGUUAGGUUUAACUAUGCAUAAAAAUAUAGAAUAAUGAAAAGAGCUUUAUUAUGUGACUAAAGUUUCUGACAAUAAAGCAAUUGAAUAGCUAAUUAUCAAAAUGGACAAAUCUGUUUUAUUCAUAUUGCUAUAUUUAUUGAUCAAAAACUUUAUAUUAGUUGAUAGAUAUAAAUAUGUAAUGUUGUAAUUUGUUUUUGUUGACAUUAUACCUUUUGACUGGAUUUCUCCUGUCAUACACGCUAACAAUUUUAAUUACCAUUAAUGUCUUAAUGUUGUUGUUAAUUUUAAAUGUUUUACAAAUUAUGGAAUCGUUAAAACUUUGUUGUUGUGAAUAACUUUUUGAAUAUACUUUAUUCUAAUGUUAAGCAGGUGCAGGCACCGGAUGUAGUUUCGUUUAUUAAAAUUGUAUUAUAUGUUUAAAAUAAAUAAUAAAAAUGGUUUAUAAUGAAAAACUUCAAAUUUUGAUUUCAUAAUUUGUUUUAAUUGUUAGGCCAAAGCCAUUUUUCUAUUGUAAAUAUAUACAUACAUACUUGCUAUUAAAAUCCUAUUGCCUCAGGAGAUUGCAGCUUCUUAUGAUAGAAAUAUACAAACAGAAAAACACGACAAUCUUUAUAUUUAUCAAGAUUUGUUUUUUUAAUUAUCUUCUGUUAUUUUUGGACAGAAUUUAGAAGAAAACUAGAAUAAUUAAAUUUUUCAGAAUUUGAAAUUGUACCAUAAACAGCUAUAUCCUGAGAAACAUUAGUUACCUUAUAUGCUGUAUAUAUUUUAUUUUAUUUAUGUAUGUAUAUAUGCAAAGUUUGAAGCACAGCUUUAAUAAUUUUUCCUUCCAUCUCAAUUAGGUAUAUUCGCUGGUCGUGUUGAUUUUUAAAAUUGUGAUCUAGUCAUUUAUAAUUAAUUAUGUUUUAACUGCCUUGAACAUUGUAUUAUUUUUUAUAACCAACAUUUCUAUGCUUAUUUAUAAAUAUAUUUUUUAUGUUUGUGAUUUGUUUC